CGAAGAAGUGAAUUUUUUUAAAUAAAAAUAUAUAAUUUAUGAAUUAGUUUAUUUGAGAUUGUGUAUUUACACUAUUAUGUAUUUCUCUCCUAAACAUGGAUAUUUUAUCCGGACCCAAAAAACAAUCUGAAACCGAUCCGAAAUCCAGGUUCUCUUCGGGGUUGGGUCAAGGGAAAAGUACCUAUUGUGUAUUUUGGACAUGCGGGUCUUUGUUCGAGUACGAAUCCUAUCCGAGAUUCGAUUGGGUAACCAAAGUACCCAAAAUGUUUUGUGUUAUUAGGUAUAUUUGGAUCUUUUGAAUAUAUUUUGGUAUAACUGAUAUUUUGAAGUUAUGGGUACAGAUUUUCGGUUAUAGUUUUGGGUUUCGAGUAAAAUUUCAAAAUCUAAAAAAUAUAUUUUGGGUAUGUGUAUAAAAUUUUAGGUAUUUUUUUGUUUUCUUGGGUCAGGGUAAAUAUUUGUAUUUUUGCAUAUUUGAAUAUUUUUGGGUAAUUUUUGGGUUUUCAGAUAUUUUUUGGUGUUUUUAGCAUAUUUCAGGUACUUCGAAUCUUUUCGGGUCUUGAAUCCCUGAACUGAUUUGUUACGUACCCAAAAGUACAGGUAUUUGAAUUAUGAACUCGGAUCCACACGGACCUGAAAGAAACCUACCCGAAUCUAAACCAAAAAUGAUCAGAUACCUAGUUAGGUCCAAAAUUCUAGGAUCCGUACGUAAAACCCGGAGCGAAAAUGAACCAGUCCGUACUUGAUCUGAAAACCCAUAUGCCCAAGCCAACUCUCUUUCAUUAUAUUUUGUAUGCGUUUUAUAAGAGUUGCAUUGGUUGAGUUGGUGAAAUUUAAGAUUUGCUUAACAUAUAUUUGGUUAAUUUAAUAAUAUAAAAUAAUAUAAAUUUAUAUGAUUUUUAAUAUUUUUAAACUUAUAUUAAAUAAUAAAAUUUUAGUUAACGUAAUAUAUAUAAUUUUUUAACAGAGUUUUCUAAAGUGUUUUUUUUAUCAAUUUUGAUUUUGUAAAUAUUUGAUAUCUAAAUAUUGUAGGUCUAUUAUUGAGUAUAUGAUUAUUAUUUUUUGAAAAUGGGUUUUCAUUUUGAGCACAUGAUUCAUAAAAGCUAUCUUAUUUCUGUAAGAUCUCACAUUAAAUAAAAGUUUUUGUAAGGUUAAGAUGAAAAAAAUCAAAAUAAACGUUUUGAAAAGAUCUUGAUUAAAGAUUUAACAUAUCUCAAAUUUUUGAGUCAAAUGAUAUACCAAUACUUUUGUUUAACAAAACUGACAGGAAUACGUGGACUUGAAAUAUAUUAACAGAAUAAAAAAGUUAUAUAUGAUUGCAGCUGAUAUUUUUUUGGUUUGAAGUAUUUUGUAGUGUGGUUAUGUGUGGAUUUAAGUGAAAGAAUUGAUCAAAAUGUAAAUUCUGAAAUAAUUGUUUCUUUUAUAAUUAUUAUAUUUGUGAAUAAAUAUGUUGAAGAACAAAUUGAUAAUUCCUAGAGACAUAUAUUUGUUAAGUUUCUAGAUUGCAUUGUAAUCUCUAAUCCAAAUUUUCCUUAAAUUUUGAAGGAAAAACUGUUUUUUUUAGAGCAAAAAAAUGGUAAGUAUGUUCAUUUAGACUAAUCUAUACUACUAAUCCAUGCUUCCGUGUAAGUCGUCUAGAAAAAAAAUCAAAUUUUAUGUUUUAUUUUUCAAUUGCAACACUAGCCUGAGACGACUUCUAGAUAUAACAAAAAUAUUUUGACAACUUACAUCGAAAUCGUCUAGAUAUAACUAACCUGAGACGACUUACAUACUCAUCUAUGUUAUAGACUAUUCAAUUUUAUUAUAUUUUAAUUUAUAUCACUUAAAACUGUUUAUAAUUACAUGAUUUUAAUUUUUCACUUGUCAAAAUAUUUUUUUUUAAAAUUAUAGAUUAUUUUUAAGAUCAAGUAUACCAGAAGACUUACAUGGACGUCAUCUAGACGAUGUACAAUAUCUCAGAAGCCUCAUAAGACUUUUCGGGGCUAUAUUUGUAAAAAUGAGUUAUGUUUUUUGUUUGGUCACAAGGGGCUGACUGUAAUUUCACAAGACUUUUAGGUUAUUUUGCACUUGAUUCAAGCUUGGGUAUACCUUUGCAAUCAAAGUCAAGUUUUGAGUCAUAUUUGGAAAAUUUCCCAAAUUAUUAUCGCUUUUCAUAAAUACCUUAAGUUUGUUAUUAAAUGACAAAAUUAACCCUCCCAAAACAUUUAUAAAUGUAUAAGAAUUAUUUAUAAAGGUUUAUAAACUAAACUUCACCACCUAAAUAUUAAAUCCAAACAAUAAUCUUAAACACUAAGCUCAAAAUGUUAAGAUAUCUUUUAUUGAGUUUAUUUUUAAAAAUGGUAUCCAAUUUACUGUAUUUCAAGCACUUUUUCAAAAAAAAAAAAUUAUUACAAAAUUAUUUCGCAAGUACAAAAUGUUAUAGUUUCUUUUUUAAAAGAAUAAGUUUUGUUGUGUUUAAUAGUAUCCAAAAUUUUCUUCUCUGUCAUGUAGUUUCAUUUUAAUUUAAUUUACAUAUAAAUUUCAAAUUUUAGAAAUAGAACAUAAAAUUAUUUAAAAUAGUAUUUUUACAUAAUACUAAUGCUUACAAAAUAUUUUUUCUUACAAGAUACAAAAAAAUGUAAAAUAGUAUUGUUACAUUAUAAUGUUAUAUAAAUUAUAAUAUUUUAGUAUAGAAAGAAAAACCCUCACGGAUGUAUGGGACAAUAUCUAUUAAUUAGUUAAAAAUGCAUUAAUAACCAAAAUUUAAAAUAUUUUUUUAGUAUCUGUGAAAAUUCUAAAACUUAUAUUUUUGGAACAUGGGAAAUAUAAAAUAGAUAAUCACAGAAAAUUAUGAAUUUAUAACUAAAAAUUAAUAUGUUUUAUUAAUAUGUGUGAAAAUUAUAAAACAAUCAUUAUUUUAAAAUAGAGGGUAUGUUAAUUUGAUUAUAAAUGCAUUAUUUGUUUUUGUAACUUAGCUAUUUUUACAAAUUUAGCCAAUAAAAUUUUAAUAAAUACAAUUAUUUUUUUCAAAGUUUACAGUUCACCAUUAUUACCUAAUAAAAGUAUAUCGUAAAUGUAAAAAAAACGAUACUUUUUAAAACAUUUUUUUCUAAAAUAUAGUUUGUUUUUAAACUGAGAGAGUAUACAUUUAAAAGAUUUUGUAGAUGUGUCACGGUUAUAGUUUUGUGCAACAUGGAAGUAGUAUGCACUAUGCAGCUCUAGUGAUAUGGAUAGCAUAAAAAACAGUUGAAAAAGUUAUAUAACCCAAUAAGUAGCAUUAGCAUAAUCCAUUAUCACCAAUUACCAAGUUGACUAAAAUUAAAGAUUCUCCCCAAAUUGUUUUUGAAGUUUUCCUUGAUUUACUCAUUACCUCUUCCAUUUAAAUAGCCUUUUAAUAUAUAUUUUUUUGCUAAAUUAGCCUUUUAAUAUUCUUCAUUGAAUCAGUUUCAAAUAUUAACUUUAACGUCCGGCCUCUCUUAUAUAUAACUAUAUUUAAAAAGAUAUUUCAGUAAAGAUUUCUUGUUUUAAUCCUUUAGAAAAAAAAAAAGAUUUCUUGUUUUCAGAAAUUUGUGAUUUUUUUUUUUUUUGUAAAAAUGGUUGAAGGAAUAUUGUCUAAGGCAUUUUGGGUUGUUUGUGCCACGGUAUUUGCAGCUGCAACGGUGGUUUAUGGGCAACAAGUGCCAUGUUACUUCAUCUUCGGAGAUUCAACUUUCGAUAGUGGCAACAAUAAUAACUUGCAAUCUAAGGCAAAAGUUAACUAUUCACCUUACGGUAUAGACUUUCCCGGAGGCCCGACCGGCCGGUUUACCAAUGGCCGCACUAUCGCAGAUGUUAUCGGUGAGCUAUCGGGUUUUGAGGAUUUUAUUCCACCAUUGGCCGGAGCAUCACCCAAACAAGCACACACCGGAAUAAACUAUGCUUCCGGUGGAGGCGGACUUCAUAAAGAAACUAGUGAACAUUUGGGUGGUCGGAUCAAUCUAAGAAAGCAAAUACAAAACCACAAGAAGGCGAUAAAGAAAGCAAAGGUGCCAGCACAACGACUGGAACAAUGUCUUUAUACAAUCAACAUCGGAAGCAACGAUUACAUCAACAAUUACUUCAUGUCAGAAACAUACAGCACGAGCAGCCUCUUUAACCCUAAUCAAUAUGCAUAUUUUCUCAACCGACUCUAUCGUACUCACUUGAAGAGGUUGCACCGUCUAGGAGCGAGGAAAGUGGCACUUUUCUCGAUCAGUCAGAUAGGUUGCACACCAAAGAUGAUUGUGUCCCAUGGUGGCGGUCAAGGCUGUGCGAAAGAUGUGAACGCUGCCGUGGCAAUCUUCAAUAAGAACCUAAAAGACCUUGUAAAUGAUUUUAAUAAGAAGGUCAAAGGUGCUAAGUUCACCUACGUUGAUAUUUUCUCUGGUGGAGAUCCCUUAGCUUUCGGUCGUUUAGGAUUUAAGGUUGCCUACAAGGGUUGUUGUACAAUAUCCCCAGGGGAAGAACUUUGUGUACCAAACAAACCGGUUUGUGCAAACCGGUCUGAAUAUCUCUUUUGGGAUGAUAUUCACAGCUCCGAAGCCACAAAUAAGAUGGCGGCUAAAGGCUCGUUUGAUGGACCUCUAGGUAGUCCAUACAGCAUUGCCCAGCUUGUGAAGCAAUAAAGGCUAGCUUGUACAUAAUGUACAUGAAUAAUAGCGAAUCUAUUUUUUAUUUUUGUUAUUUCUUCAAACAAGAGGAAAAUAUCUGUGAAAAAAAGAAGAAGGUAUGUACAUAUAAUCAAUGAAUAAUAAAUUUUGUGUGGUUGAUCCCCUCUGUAUUACUGGAAAGCUAAUUAACAAAUUCAGCUUCCAUAUUCACUGCGACUGCAGACUACUCACGCACUCUACUACUACACCAUUGGAGAAGAAUACAAACUAUAUCUCUCGUUCUCUCUCUUGUUUACAUUCGCUUUCCCAAAAGUGACUAUAAAAAGGGAACUUCACGUCUAACAAUCAUGAGAGGGACACUAAUUAUAUAAACUCGCCACUCACAGUUGAUUCCGUCACAUUAAGCCAAGUUAAUUCUAACGGAAUAACAGGGCUUUACCGCCUUGAAGCGUAGUGACGAACUGUUUUGCUCCAAUGAGGAUAUCUUAGCAUAGGAUUCUUACUCAAAUUAACGGUACAUAUAGAUAAAUACUAAUAUUUAAAUAUGAGAAUCUUAAAAUCAUGGAAAAGCCAACUAAAAAGUCUAAAUUAUAUUGUAUAACUUUAUAAGAACUUUUUAUGAAAUAUCUCCAAUAAUGUUGCUCAAAUGGAUCGAAACUCAAUGUCAUAAUUUUCCGAGACCCAAUGACUUAAGCAAUUAUUUCAACAAAUCUCUACCUGAGAGAUUAGCUCUCACUGAAUAAAAAUAGAUAAUAGAAAAAGAGAGAUAGACAAGAUACAUGUUCUCAAAUGAGAAGUUUUCAAAUAUCCUCUGAAUACUCAGUUAACUAGUAUGUGUCAAUCUCUAAAUAGUUUACUAUUUUAAAAAUGAGAAAUUGCACAUCCUAUACACCACUAACCAUGAUAUCUGAAAGGAUAGAAAAUCCACUAUUAUGCUAAUUUGUUUUUUAUUCUUCUCUCUUUCUUCAAAACCAUUCUCUUUCUUUAAAAUUAUUCUGUCAAAAACAAUUUGUAUUUCUCUUUGCAAAAUCAUAAAUCUUCAAUAUCCCUAAAGCUCUCAGCUUUCUGAAGGAACUCUGCCUCUCUCUAUCGCUAAUCUUGAGUCCAAUUUUUGCACCAACUGAAUCUCCGGACUCGUAAAUACCAAGAUCUCCGAUUGUGAUUUUCUGAUUCCGACCUUUGUAGUAUGGGUGUUUGAUUCCUGGAUUAGGGUUUUGGUUGAUCUCCAAUACAAUCCUUGUUUUGUUUUCAGAAAAUCGAAUGAUGAUUUCAGUACUGUUAUUCUAGAGAGGAAGAAGUCUCUGAAUAGACUUGCCGUCGAGAAGGCCAUGCCUUGAAGCCAAGUGGUAAACAAGUUAAGAAAUGGAAAGAAGCCCAAUGAGACACCAAAUAGGAUUUGUAUGUUGUUUCAAAAUAACAGCUAAUAUUAAGCUUAGUUAUAUUUAGAAAUUUAUAUCAAAUUACAGGUAAAUAUAAAAUUAAAUACCAGUUAACAUGUAAAAUAUCCAGAUAAAUCAGAGUAUAAUAAUACUAACUUAUAAAUGAUCUAGAUAAGUGAGAGUAUAACCAUGAUAACUUACAUAUUAACUUACUCUCUAUUCUUGUCAAUGAUUUUUCAGAUUUACCUACUGUUCAUAUCCUUUCAUUUUUUUCUUCAACAUUUCCCGAUGAUCCGAUCUGUUAUUCGUCUCGAUUCGAUCAAAAAAUUUGGAUAUCCGUAAAGCUUCAAAUCAAAGCAAAUAGAAAAAUAUGGUAUCCGUAAAAAAGAAACAAAUUACAAAUAUUAUUCUUUAGAAAGCCGGAUAUCCGAUCCGGUCUGUAUAUUUAUAGAUAUGUAAUGUAAUUUUAUGUACAAACCAUUAUAUCUAGACAUAUUUAUAAUAUAAUUUGCUUAAUUGUUUUAUCUUAAGUUGUUUUUCAAUUUUUUUUUUGUUUUGGGUUAUUGCACAUCCAUUUUAACUUUUAUGUUGACUCAAAUAUUAACAUAUGAGGUUUUUUAUUAGGCUUGUAAAUGUUGAUUUUUUUUUUUGCUUUACAAUUUAUGUAGAAGAUGCUAGUUUGUUAGUAUGAUAUUGUUAUUUUUAUUUUCAAUUGAUAGUAUGAAGGUUUGUUUAUUUAAUUUUAUAUUUUUAAAAAUAGAAUUGAGAUAUAAUCGAAUAAUUCGCGAAUAUUUAAAAAAAUUCCGGAUAUCUAAACUUCUGGAUAUCCAGAAUUUUCCGGAUCGAAGUGAAUCACAUACAUAAGUAUUUGUUUGGGACGAAACAUAUCACAAAUACUGCAAAUUUUCUGGAUAUCCAUUUUGUGUCCAGGCCUAACCGCAUCAAACUAUAGUUGGUCUCGUUAAAUAUUUGUAGCAAUUUACCUUUUUGUCUUAAUGUAGCAAAACACAUACAUAAUGUCUAUCAUUUCAUCUUGUGAUGGAUUCCUACAAUGUUAGUCUUAGACCACCAUUGGCAAACAAUCCUAACUAAUUCAAAUGUGUUAUAAGAUCAUACCAAAUGUUGAUAUAGACAAAAUUAUGUCUAAAUUAUAAACCAAUUUUUUUUAUCGUAAGCACAACAAUAUAAAGUUUCAUUUUAGAAUAAUAAUGUUCAAGAAAUCGAUAAGUAAUAAUUAAAUGCUUUAUAUGGGAUUAGUGCCUACCAUUUUUUUUUAAAUCGUUUCAUUUCUGGCUGAUUUGCCACCUUCUCCGAGUCUGCUCCACGGUGUGUGGCCAUAUUUUGAGAGAAAAUAAUCUCAUGCUCGUCUGGAGACUCUUACAGCAUCUUUAUUCCCACCUCUUAAGUGGGUUCUUAAGAGGUGUGUCCCACAAUUUUAUUAAAACCCACCUCUUCUUUCUCUUUUGCAAGAGGCGAGUUUUCGCUGGAGUUCUUGUACUGUUUGCGGGUCUCACUUACAUGUGGUGGUCCGCGAUUGGUUAAUUUUUAAUUUUUUUCUAAGACAAA